GGCUAAAUGCAUGAACUUGUUUCUCAGUCUUUUUUAGUCCUAUUAAACAUAGUUCUGCUGUGUUACUGUUAUUCUAAUAGGUACAAACAAUGAGACUCACCAGGCUGUGCCAGACCAAAGAGAUUGUAACAAUCAACGGGAAGUUCCCUGGCCCUGCAAUAACCGCUCAAGAAGAUGACAGGAUUGUCGUUAAUGUUAUCAACAUGACCCCCUAUAUUGCCACAAUUCAUUGGCAUGGUAUUAAGCAAAAACUGUCAUGUUGGUAUGAUGGUCCAUCUUAUAUCACACAAUGUCCUAUUCAGAGCGGACAGAGUUUCACAUACAACUUCACAGUGGCGCAACAAAAGGGCACAUUUUUUUGGCAUGCACACUUUUCUUGGCUUAGGGCUACUGUAUACGGUCCGCUUAUCGUAUAUCCUAAAUCUUCUGUUCCUUACCCAUUCAAGAAACCCUUCAAAGAGCACACAAUUCUCCUAGGAGAGUAUUGGCUUAAGAACGUGGUGGAGCUUGAAAAACAUGUACUGGAGAGUGGAGGACCUCCUCCUCCAGCAGAUGCAUUCACAAUUAAUGGUCAGCCAGGACCUAACUACAUUUGCUCCUCUAAAGAUGUUUAUGAAAUGGAGAUAGUGCCAAGAAAAACAUACCUGUUAAGGCUGAUAAACGCUGGCAUCAACAUGGAGAGCUUCUUCACCGUAGCCAACCACAGGUUAACCAUAGUGGAAGUAGAUGGCGAGUACACCAAACCUUUUACAACAGAGCGUGUGAUGCUUGUGCCUGGACAAACAAUGAACGUUCUCCUCACAGCUGAUCAAGCCACUGGGAGAUACUCCAUCGCCAUGGGUCCGUACGAGUCUGCAAAGAACGUCAAGUUUCAACACACAUCAGCGACGGCUAAUCUCCAAUACUUUGGUGCAUUGCCUAACAGUGUAGCAUUACCAGCUAAGUUACCUAUCUUCAAUGAUAACAUUGCUGCUAAGACCGUCAUGGAUGGGCUCAGAAGUCUAAACAGAGUUGACGUUCCAAAAGAUGUUGAUGCUCAUCUCUUCAUCACGAUUGGGAUAAAUGUAAACAAGUGCAACUCUGGAAACCCAAACAACAGGUGUCAAGGCCCCAGGAAAGGAAGACUAGCAGCUUCGAUGAACAACAUCAGCUUUGUGGAACCUAAAGUCUCGAUUCUGGAAGCUUAUUACAAGAAACUGGAAGGAUACUUCACAUUAGAUUUCCCAACCGCGCCUGAAAAAUCCUAUGACUUUGUCAAUGGAGCACCAAAUGACAUAGCUAAUGACACGCAGGCUGCGAACGGGACCAGAGCAAUAGUUUUCGAGUAUGGGAGCAGGAUACAGAUCAUCUUCCAGAACACUGGCACUCUCACAACUGAGAACCACCCAAUUCAUCUUCACGGGCAUAGCUUCUAUGUUAUUGGCUAUGGCACAGGGAACUACGAUGAACAAACAGCAAGAUUUAACCUGGAGGAUCCUCCUUACUUGAACACUAUUGGAGUCCCAGUAGGAGGAUGGGCUGCAAUUCGUUUUGUUGCUGACAAUCCAGGUAUUCUUUUUUCACAGCAUCACAAAACCCCACAAAGACAUUUUGCUGAUAAAUUUCUUCUUUUUAAUGAAACAGGGCUCUGGUUAUUGCAUUGCCAUUUCGACAUCCAUCAAACAUGGGGAAUGAGCACGAUGUUUAUAGUGAAAAAUGGCAAGACGGUGCUUGAGAGUCUACCUGAUCCUCCUGCAGAUCUACCAAAGUGCUAGUAGCUUUAUUGAAAUUAGCAAAUGAUGACAGGGGAAGAAUCUUUUUUUGGUAACAACAACAGAAAGAGAAUUAGAAGCGUUUCCAUUUGCCUACGUCCUAUUCAUCUAGUCUUAGAGCAAAUGAAAUGUCAUUUAUUUCAAAAGGGAUAGAGACAAUGGUAUAGAAAGAGAAAGAUUCAGAUUUUUUAUU